AUGGCUGCGCAUCAGACUGUCGCCGAAAAAUGCACCGCCAUGCGUGGAGCAGCACUGUGGUGCUUUGAUGAGUGGCUGAGAGGACACUGCCGUGCACAUCAAUUGCUGGGGAAGGCAAGCCAUAAAGUACGGAAUGCGUCAAUUUCGAAAGAGGCUAUGUUGUCGCUAACUCAAGUCUCCGAGGUGCCGGAAGCCGAGGUGAGCAAGAACUCGCUGCGAUCACCAGGUGCCGCAGCAAGUCGUGCACGCUCUGUCUAA